AUGUUAUUUUGUAAGCUGAUCAAUUACCGAUUCAGUCAAAAAUCAUCAAUCAAUCAAUUUAAUGUCAAAAGGGUUAACUUGAAAUCUUAUGCAAAAGCGAUUCAAGUAGCUUCUUAUCAUGGUGCCGAUUUAAUCGUUUUCCCUGAAUCUGGUCUAUUCGGUGCCAUUAAUCGUACCGUGGCUUCACUUAAUUAUGAAUACAUUCCGAACGCUAAUGAAUCAAUCACUCCUUGUAUUGAUUGGAAUGGCCAAUCAUCAAUUGAUUCCCUGUGUGUCCAUUCAUUAAGUUGUCUUGCCAGAGGUUUCAAGAUUUACGUUGCCGCCAUUUUGGGUGAAAAGGUUAAUUGUUCACUUUCAAAUGAUCCAAAUUGUCCAGAUCAUGGUCACUAUUUAUUUAACACUCAAAUACUUAUUGAUUCAACGGGAAAAUUGAUUGCUAAGUAUCAUAAGUAUCAUCUAUUUUUUGAGCCAAUUCAUAACAUUCCCGUUGAACCUGAAGUGGUCACCGUUUCAACCACUUUUGGUAAAUUGGGAUUUCUUAUUUGUUUUGAUAUUAAUUACUUACAGCCUGCUUUCAAUUUGAUUAAUAAUCAAUCGGUUGAUACCAUUUUAUUUGGUGCUCAUUGGACUGAUGAGCUUCCCUUUCUUAAUGCACAUCGAGUUCAAUCAGGCUUUUCAAUUGAACAAAAUGUCAACCUUUUGGCCUCUGGAAUCAAUGAUUUACCUUUAGGUGCCGUAGGUUCAGGCAUCUAUCAAGCUGGAAAAGGUCCAAUUGUUUACACUGCUGAUAUAAUGAAAGGAGGAUCUAAAUUGUUAAUUGCUGAUUUACCCAAAUCAAGACAUGAAAAUAGAUCAAUAGAUUCAAGAACUGGAUUGGUUAAAAUAAUUGAACACAAUAAGAUUGAUGAAUCAGAUCAUUUACCUUACAAACCAUGGACAUUGGAACUUGAUUUAUUUAAUUAUACCAAAUUAACCCAACAAUCAGACAAUAUUGUCUCCUGCAGUGAAAAAAUUUGCUGUCAAGUUAAUUACUCAAUGACAAAAUCAAGCUUUCCAACGACUUACUAUCUAUUAGUUAAGAGAUGGAUUCGACCAACAACCAAAAUUUGUGAACAAUUUUGUGGAUUAGUAGCUUACAAUUUAACCGAUUAUGCUUAUAUUACAACCCAAUUAUAUAUCCGGUUAUAAAUUCACUUGGUGUUAUAUCAAAUUGACCGUUAAUAAUUUUGACCUCAUCUUGGGAUCUUUCCUCGACUGGUAUUUCUUUGCCAUUUAUCGUGAUAGGGUCAAAGGUUGACAGAGGAAGAGCAAUAAAAAAAGGGACCUUAUGAUG